AUGGAAGAAAUAAAUAAAACUGCAAAGAUACAAUUCUUCUUUCGUCCAUUUUCAGCUGACCCUAAGGUACAAGUAGGGAUUUUUGUGGCCUUCCUGACAAUGUACCUGAUCAGCCUCAGCGGAAACACCACAAUUGCAGUCAUUGUCCAGAUCAACCACUCCCUCCACAUCCCCAUGUACUUUUUCCUGGCGAACCUGGCAGUUCGGGAAAUCUUCUAUACAUCUUCCAUUGCCCCACUGGCCUUGGCGAACCUUCUUUCAAUGGGCAGGACUCCUGUUUCCAUCCCUGGCUGUGGGGCCCAAAUGUUUUUCUUUGUCUUCCUGGGUGGAGCUGAUUGUGUCCUGCUUGCAGUCAUGGCUUAUGACCGGUUUGUAGCAAUCUGUUACCCUCUACGAUACACCCACGUCAUGAGCUGGCCCUUGUGUGUGGAGCUGGUGGUAGGGUCCCUGGUGCUGGGGUUCCUGCUGUCGCUGCCACUGACUAUUUUGAUCUUCUGUCUCCCAUUCUGCAACAACAAUGAGAUUUACCACUUCUACUGUGACAUGCCUGCUGUCAUGCGCCUGGCCUGUGCAGACACACACAUUCACAAGACUGCCCUGUACAUCGUCAGCUUCAUCGUCCUAAGCGUCCCACUCUCAUUAAUCUCCAUCUCCUACGUCUUCAUCGUGGCAGCCAUUUUACGGAUCCGGUCAGCAGAAGGGCGCCACCGAGCCUUCUCCACCUGCUCCUCGCACAUCUUAGUGGUCCUCCUGCAGUAUGGCUGCACCAGCUUUAUAUACUUGUCUCCCAGUUCCAGCUACUCUCCUGAGAUGGGCCGGGUGGUGUCCGUGGUCUACACCUUCAUCACUCCCAUUUUAAACCCUUUGAUCUACAGUAUGCGGAACAAGGAACUGAAAGAUGCCCUACAGAAGGCGCUGAGGAAGUUCUAGGUAGGAUGAUCCCAUGACUUGUCAAAAUCGGACACUUGAGGGCAAAACGGGAUGCUAUUAAUAAUUAUGCUGUGACAGCAUGCAUGAGCCAAGAAUGUCCUCGCAAACUGAGAUAUGGCCCACUAUUCUAGGAUCACCAGAGGAGAAGAAUACUACUGUGUAAUUGAAAUAAAGCUGU